AUGGACGGAUUUGACGAGGAAGCUUUCAAAAAGUUCUUCCCGGGUAGUUUUGGAAAACAGGAGACAAAGACCGAUCUUUCUACACAGUUUGAGCGCUCAAAGCGAGCUGACGUCAAAGCGAAACUCGUCGAUGAGGAACCAAGCGCCACUGGGUCGCAACCUUUAAUUACCGAUGCAGACGAUGAACCCGGCAAGGAAGAGGUAGAUCGCGACAAUGAUAGUGAUGACGAUGAUGAUGACAGCGAUGAUGAUGAAGACGAAGACGAGUUCCCAGUCUCGCAUGAACUCGUUUUCAAGACACAUGAACGCGCCGUGACGACGCUGUCGGUCGAUCUUCCUGGUAGUCGAUUUGUAUCAGGCUCUGCAGACUGUACGAUUAAAUUCCACGACUUCGCGUCAAUGACCCCUUCCACACUCCGUGCCUUCAAAUCAGUCGACCCCAGUGCAAAGAAAAAUGCUGCGGCGCAAGAAACACAUUCAGUUCAUUACGUCGCAUUCAACCCUAUAUCGCCUAGUCAGAUACUCGUGAUCCCCGCUACGCCACAACCCAAGAUCCUCGAUCGCGACGGGAAUGUGCUCACUGAGUUCGUCAAGGGAGACAUGUAUCUUCGGGACAUGCAUAAUACGAAGGGCCAUGUUUCAGAGGUUACGUCCGGGGCCUGGAGCCCAACAGAUUACAACUUAUGCGCCACCGCCGGAACGGAUAGUACAGUCAGAAUAUGGGAUGUGAACGUUGGUCGAAACCAAAAAGAAGUUAUUGCGCACAAGUCCAGGGCUGCUGGUUCAGCUGGAAGGACUAAAAUCACCGCUGUCGCAUGGGCGUCACCGAAACAAGGCGGACCUAAUGUGCUUGUCGCUACUGGUCUGGAUGGUAGCCUGGUAAUGUGGAGUGGUGAUGGGCCAUAUACGAGACCUACGGCGGAGGUUAGAGACGCUCAUACGCGGGAUACAUGGACCAGUGGGCUGGAUAUCAGCCCGGAUGGACGUCUGGUGGUAACUAAAGGAGGCGACGAUACCAUUAAACUGUGGGAUACCCGCAAAUUCAAGCUGCCUAUUACAACCGUCACGCAUCAAUCGUCAAGCCACUAUCCAACUUCGAACAUCAAAUUUUCACCAACAGGCACCAACAUUAUUACUGGUUCGGAGAGUGGUCAUCUUCAUAUCUUGAAUCCGGCGACACUGAAGCCAGAACUCGUAUCACCGGUAACACCAGGUUCGCCCGUCAUUACAGUACAAUGGCACGAGAAAAUGAAUCAAAUAUUAACGGGAUCUGCCAAUGCGGAAACUCACGUCUUAUAUAAUCCGACAAUGUCCUCCAAGGGUGCCGUCCUCAUCAUGUCCAAGGCCCCUAAGCGCCGACAUAUCGACGACGACCCCACCUUAACCACAGAUAUAUCACAAGGAUUUUCCGGCGAUGCGAUGGUGGUUGGAGCAAAUGGUCUUCCCCAGGCAGCAGCAGCAAGCUGGUCAGCGCGCCAUCCAACUGUUGGACUCACUGUAUCUGGUCGCUCAAGGGAUCCUCGUCGACCACAUCUCCCUACACAAACCCCAUUUGCGAAAUCGCAACCGGACGAAAAACACAUUCGAGAGAGUAUCCCUCUUAGCUCGAUGCGCGAUGAAGAUCCACGCGAAGCGCUGCUGAAGUAUGCCGAAAAGGCACAAAAGGAUCCUAUUUUUACCAAGGCUUGGGAGAAAACACAGCCCAAGACCAUUUAUGCGGAGCUUAGUGAUGAGGAGGAAGAGCGUCCUGAGAAGAAGAAGAAGAUAAGGCGAUAG